AUGCCAGAGGAAGAGGUGAUUUCUCCAAGAGUGGUUACCCCUUAUCAGAAAAAACCAAAUGCUCCAUCUGCGAACCCUGAUAUGUUUACGGAUCUGGCUGGAUUCCUCGUGGAAGAUCCGUCAGACUACGAGGCGCAGUUUUUUGGUCAGCCUUCGGUGGACCAGAAUGACGACACGGAAGACUUGAUCUCCUCCGGUACUUCCUAA